AUGCUGUUUGUGCUUGUGUUUUGUAUCCUGGUCAAAUUUCCCGGCUCCCCGGUCAUCAUGGCUCGUGUCUAUAUUGCGGCCGGAAUACUGGGUAUUGGUUGCACUAUCAUCCUCAUCACCGGUUUGGCCAUGGUGUCCGAUUUGAUCGGAAAAAAUCCGGAGAACGGAGCAUUCGUCUACGGUUACAUGUCGUUCACAGACAAACUGGCCAACGGAUUGGUGAUCCAAGUGAUUGAGUCGUUGUGCAAUAAAGUGGAAAGCAAUCAGUACUAUGAGGAUGUUGAGGCCUACGGAAUCGGCUCAAUUGUGGCUAUUGGGUUGGUGUUUCUGGUGAUCCAGACUGUGGUCAAAUGGCGAACGUAUGGACAUAUUUCCCUCAUUUUUGCACCAUCCACCACAGCGAUCAUGACACAGAGCUAG